AUGGAUGAGAGACAAAUUAUAUGCUAUUGUCGAUUUGAUGGGAAAAUUGACAAAAAUGAGAAUGGGGAAAUUAUAUACAUCGGCGGUGUCACAGACCCUUUUAUGAUUACAACAACAACAACAUACGAAUCAUUUAUAAAUGAGUUACAACAACGUUCAUCUUCAAACAUGAGUGGUAAAGUCAUAUAUUAUACCACCGAAUCUAACAAGAAUGAACUUUUGAGGAUGACGGGAGAAUCUGGAUUUAGAGUGAUGCUUCUAGUGAGUGGUCCCAUGCUAAAUGUGUAUAUGGAAGAUGCAGAGCCUGUAAUUGCAUCAUGCACAAUUCCUACUGAUCAUAGUGAGAGACAAUUUGUUGAAGCCACAUCGCCAAUUGGUCUUCUACAAAGUGUUGCGUCAACGUCUUCAUUUCCUCCGAUAAAUGCGCAUCGGGAUUCUUUCCGACACAUUGAUGACAUUCUUUGCGUGGAUCAGCUUUUUGACAGCCCAAAUGAUUUCAAAGAUGCACUCGUUUUGUUUGGUCUUCGUAAUCAUUUUCGGUUCAAGUACUUGGACAAUAGCAGAAAAUAUUAUAGAGUUGUGUGCGAGGUUAAUAAUUGUCCAUGGAAAUUAUCAGCUGGUUGUGAAGGAAGUGGUGAUAUAGUGAGAAUCAAGCGGUUUAAUAAUGUUCACACUCACACUGCUCAAGACAUUUCAGAUUAUAAAGCCAUUUUUUGGUCGAAGGAAAUGGGUCGAGCUAUUGUGAACAAGGUUAGGGACAAUCCUAAAUGCACCCCCAAGACUAUUUCCACAGACAUAAACGGUGAAUUUUCUGCUAAAAUGACUUACAUGCAAUCGUGGAGAGCUAAGGAGUGUGCACGUCAUAUCAUUGAGGGAAAUCCCAAGGAUAGCUAUAUUUUAGUCCCGUGGUUGUGUGAACGAAUAGCAGAAUAUAUUCCUGGGACAAUUACAUCGUGGGAGUGCACGGAUGAUAGGAGAUUUAAGCGAGUGUUUGUAGCUUAUGGGUGCUCCAUACGAGGUUUCAUCAACUAUUGCAGGCCCAUGUUAGCAAUCGAUGCUUGCCACUUGAGUGGCAAUUAUAAAGGAACAAUGCUUGGUGCAACGGGGUUCGAUGCGAAUGAUGGCUUGUGGCCUUUGGCGUAUGCUGUUGUUUCUUCUGAGAAUGAUGAUGAUUGGCAUUGGUUCUUGAGCAAGGCAUCCGAAAACAGUAAAUGA